GUGUUGAGGCCCAUGGCGCCCUUCCUAGCGGCAAGCGCAGUCACCUUUUACCUUGUCUCGAAGAUGCAGGAGAUGGGUGUUCGUUCGGAGACGUACGCCAAGGAUCCUAAAAACCCAUACGGUGCUCAGAUUGCAAAGGAAGCACAUCACUAG